UUAGUUUUAACCUUCAGCCAGAGUGAAAAAAGGAUGGAUUACCUAUUAACUCUUAAGGCAAUUAUUGACUUAAAAGAUUAAAUAAAUAAGCGGUACAUCCUUCACUCAAGAAAAUGAAUUCAAGUGUUCCAUAUAUUGAUCCUGAAGCAUAUUGCUUUGAAAAUAUCUUAUGUUACAAGACACCAUGGACUACUGGAACUAAGAUUGCUUUAUAUUCUUUCUUUUAUGCAAUUGUUAUAAUAACAAUUACAGGAAAUUUGAUUGUAGUAAUUUCUAUUUCACAUUUUAAACAGCUUCAUUCACCAAAUAAUCUUCUUGUUCUUUCACUGGCACUUGCAGACCUCAUGCUUGGUGUGUGUGUUCUUCCUUUUAGCAUUAUGACAGCUGUUGAAAGCUGCUGGUAUCUGGGCGCUGUAUUCUGUAAGAUACAUACAAUUAUAGAUGUGAUGCUCUCCACAGUAUCAAUUUUUCAUUUAGGAUUUAUUGCCGUUGAUCGCUAUUAUGCAGUGUGUGAUCCAUUGUCCUACCCAAAUAAAAUUACUAUUAGAACAGCAAUCAUCUUUGUAAUUGUUGGUUGGACAAUUGGAUUCAUGUACAGCUUUGGGUUAAUUUUCAAGAGUGCUUAUAGUCAAGGUUAUGAAGAUCUUUUUGCUCAAUUGUCAUGUAAUGGUGAUAAAUGUAUACUUCUUUAUAAUGAAACAUGGGCCUUAGUUAAUGCUUGCACAUUUAUGAUACCUUGUUUUGCAAUGAUUAGUACGUACAGACAAAUUUUUAAAGUGGCUCGUAGACAAGCCAGAACAAUACAAAGUAUGGAACACAAAGCACAUUCUCUUGAAGCAAACAAGAAUCGACUCGUGCAAAACAGAGAAUGGAAAGCUGCCAAAACUUUAGCAUUAGUAAUGGGGGUGUUUGUUUUCUGCUGGCUGCCUUACUUCAUAAUAAGUUUGGUUAAUGUUUUCACAAAAUUUUCAGCAUCUGAGUUUUUAAUUUUGUUUUCUGUUUGGCUGGGCUACAUGAACUCCGCAUUUAAUCCACUUAUAUAUGCCUUUUUCUAUCCCUGGUUUCGCAAAGCAUUGAAACUUAUAAUUAGUUGUGCUAUCUUUGAAACAAGUUCAUCAACAGUUAAGUUAUAUGCUGAAUAA